AAUUUUUUAAAUCGUUGCAGGGGCUGCGCCUUGGUAAUUUUUUAAAUCGUUGCAGGGGCUGCGCCUUGGUCAUUUUUUAAAUCGUUGCAGGGGCUGCGCCUUGGUCAUUUUUUUAAUCGUUGCAGGGUCUGCGCCUUGGUAAUUUUUUAAAUCGUUGCAGGGUCUGCGCCUUGGUCAUUUUUUUAGUCGUUGCAGGGGCUGCGCCUUGGUAAUUGUUUUAGUCGUUGCAGGGGCUGCGCCUUGGUAAUUUUUUAAAUCGUUGCAGGGGCUGCGCCUUGCUAAAAAAAUAUGUUAAUUUCGAGGUUGCCAUGGGGACGGGCCUAGUUCAGCCGUCGACGCCUCCGCCUUCGCCUGAAGGCUCCGCCCGCCGUCAGCGUCUCGCGCCCGGCGCCCUCAGUUCCUGAUGCGGCGAGAACGAAUGCACACUCGAGUGAUGAAACAUGCACGCAGAUUUGUCCUGGUUAUCCUGGGCUUCUACGUCCUUGUUCCGUUCAUCGUCAAGCUGUUCCCCGCAAUUGCAAUGAAACUGGUCUUCAAUAACUUCGUGCGCGUUCCAACCACGGAGCAACUGCUCGAUCCAGAAACGCACUUCGGUCUCAACCACACGCGCAAUUUCUACCUUCACCCGGAGAGUGGCGUAACCCUCGGUGUCUGGCACACGGUGCCCGCCUCCCUUGGGCAGCAGGCUCGGGGCAAGGGCUCAGGCUGGUACGAGGACAGCCUGGGAUCCGGUCGCCCCAUCAUCCUCUACCUGCACGGCAAUGCGGCUUCGCGGGCUGGAGCGUACCGAGUGGAACUCUACAAGGUCAUAAGUGCUCUUGAUUAUCACAUCGUGGCUGUGGAUUACAGAGGGUGGGGCGACUCGGUGGGCUCCCCGUCGGAGGUCGCCAUCACGGAGGACGCCCUCGCCACGUACAAGUGGAUUGUUGCGCGGAGCCAGAAGAGCCCCCUGUUCGUGUGGGGACACUCGCUCGGCAGCGGGGUUGCCACGAACCUGGCUCUUCAAAUCAACAAGGAAGGUGGGCGGCUGGAUGGCCUCGUCCUGGAGUCUCCGUUCACGAAUCUGCGCGAUGAGAUCAGGAACCAUCCCAUGAGCCUGAUCUACAGGUUCUUCCCAGCAUUCGACUGGUUCUUCGUCAAACCCCUGGAGGACAACGGAAUACGUUUUGCCAUUGAUGAAAAGCUGGUACACGUCACGAGCCGCCUGCUGGUGCUGCACUCGCGCGACGACCCGGUGGUGCCCUACCACAUGGGCCACAAGCUGUACCUGCUGAUGAUGUUGGCGCGGCCCCAACACAGCGAAACGGUCCGCUUCGCGAGCUUCCCGGCGGCGUGCGGGUACCGGCACCAGCACAUCUGGCGCGACCCCAGGCUGCCCGCCAUCGUGCGAAGCUUCGUCGAGAACACCAAGGAGAGUAACCGAUUGGAGUGGAGGUGGGUGAAGGGUGAGGCUACCGCAUGGACGUCUCCACCCUGCGGUGUGUGAACUCGGGAGCACUGGGUGCCAUGAGGGCUGGCGACUCCACGUUGACCCAGCUCUUGAACGCACUAACACACACACACGCACCCACACGCACCCACACGCACCCACACGCACCCACACGCACCCACACGCACCCACACGCACGCACACGCACCCACACACACGCACCCACACACUAACACACACACACGCACCCACACACUAACACGCACGCACUAACACACACAUGGACAAGCACACGUCCACACGGGCAAACAUGACCUGUAUAACCUCAAUAAGUUAUUGGGGCUUUAAAUUGUGUUCGCAUGCACCUGCUAGGACUGGAAACGGCACACAAGGGCUCACGAUGUGGUCAGCAUCACGCCCGCCCACCUAUCGACACGUGCACAACUAAAGCAUACAAAGACACGACGUGAUACGUGUACACAAUGCACACAUACAUCCAGGAGCACAGAUACACGUCGUGCACACAAGCACACGUGCUUGGGCAUAUCUGUGGUGCUUCGCUUUUAGGGAGGGCACGCCUCACGGAGCAGCACAGAGGGCAGCUUCAGCACCCGGUUAAUGGGUGGACGCACUUUGCUAAUGCUGGCUAUUUUUUGCCGAGUGGACCUAGAGGGAGCUCCUCAGUUAGGUGUUGUUACAGGUUAAUUAUAUAUCGCCUCUGGUAUCUGAUUAGUGCGGCUGAGAUGCUGGUAGUGAUUGAUAAAUAGCGUAGCAUCGGUUUUCGCAGCCUAUAUGAUGAUUCAAAAGAUAAAUUUUUUGGGUGAGACCACUCCGUCAUGAUCUGGCCUAAGUCAACGCUCGUGCAAGUGGCAAAUUCACGUUCGAUUUGUGGCCGGUGUCAACACGCUCUCACGACAUAUGCUUGACAAAAUCAUUACACAGCCGAACCGAAAAAUCAAAUUUUGAGCCGUGAAUAAAUUUCGUUUUAUAAACGUUUUUUUAGUAAUUUCGCCAGGCAAGGCCCACUGAAGCUAUGCGCAGCUUCUUAUUCAGAAGCGACCUGGCCAUAGAUGAUAGCUCAACUGUGUGGCUUAUCGCUUGAAAAUGUACAGCAGCCAAAUACUCCAAACGCGUGAUGUUGAUUCUAAAUGUGGAGGGAAAAACCAGAGGGACCCGGAGAAAAAUCCACGCGACCACGACGAGAGAGAGAGAGAGAGACACCGCAAACUCCAAAUAUACAGCAGGCGUCAGGGUCGGGAUCGAACCCACGACCUCCUGUAUACCAGGCGAGGUAGUUAACAUCUCCUAGCCACCGUGAUGAUGAGAGAGACACGCAAACUCCAAAUAUAGAGCAGGGUCGGGAUCGAACCCACGACCUCCUGCAUACCAGGCGAGGUAGUUUACAUCUCCUGGCCACCGUAAUGAUGAGAGAGAGACACGCAAACACCAAAUAUAGAGCAGGGUCUGGAUCAAAUCCACGACCUCCUGCAUACCAGGCGAGGUAGUUAACAUCUCGCCCAGGGGCCGUCUGAAAUUGGUUUGGCCUUGUGUGGCCUGCGGACCGCUUGAGUUGAAGUUGUGGGUCACGUCUGGUCCAAGGGCGAGUAGCUUCCCCAACCCCUUGCUUCUGAAAUGACGACAGCAGUAGAAGUCGGUUCCAUCGAUGACAGUCGAUCAACACGACCGCGUGCUGACGUGGAGCUGGCAAGAGAAGCUCUUGCUGCUCGAUCCGUGUUUGUGUGUGCCGUGGGGGUUUUUUUAUUUUAAUUACCAGAACCCCAUCCCUUGCGGCCACGACUUGAAGAGGCGGUGUUGCGUGCCGCCGUGAAGCGUUCUCGAAGAGAAUUUGUUCGUGAAUUUGAGCGGCGAAGCCACAGUUUGUGGUGCUCGCCGUCUCCGACGCCUGUGAGAAAGAGCUUGGAAGCUCCAGCGGAUUCCCCCGCGGUAAAUGUUACGAUCCUCAAUUGUUACACGCUGCCUGCACGGCACUUGCUUGUUGUUUAAGUCCCGAAGCCGCUGGGCUCGACAAAGGUCGUACUCGCUACUUGUUGUUGACCCCUGGCGUUUUGCCGAGGUGUCGUUACUUUAAAAACCACUUUGUACUCUGUGGAUGGAGGAUGAAGUCGUUAUUGGGAAAAGUGUUGAAUGCGUUCAAAUGCAGUUUUAUUUCUAUUAUAUAUGACACGUAAUCUAAAAUGUACUGUUUCAACAAUCACAUGAGUUAUUUAUUUACAAUAUUACACUCGUGAGAAAAAAAUGCAUCAAAACAAGCGGUCUAAACAUCCCCCCCCACCAGCCCCCCUGGCGAUGAUGAACACUGGUUUAUGGUUUCUGUUUGUUAAAUGAUUUGUUACAUAUCCUUGGGCUUUCUGCAGGUUUCCUUUAUAAACUGCCUCCACGGAAAACGACGUUGCCGCUCGA